AUGGCUGCCAAUUUCUGGACUUCCUCUCACUACAAACAGCUUCUGGAUCCAGAUGACGUGGAUGUUGUUCAUCCAUUGGAUAGAGAAAGAGGCAUCACUCUUGAAGAUUUCAAGCUCAUCAAGUUCCAGAUGUCUAAUUAUAUAGCAAGAUUGGCUCAGAAUGUGAAAGUGCGACAAAGGGUCGUUGCAACUGCCAUUACAUAUAUGAGACGCGUUUAUGCCAGGAGAAGUAUGACUGAAUAUGAUCCUCGUCUCGUUGCUCCGACAUGCUUGUACUUGGCUUCAAAAGCUGAAGAAAGCACGGUCCAGGCCAGACUUCUUGUAUUUUAUAUCAAGAAAUUGUAUUCAGAUGAGAAGUAUAGAUAUGAAAUAAAAGAGAUACUAGAGAUGGAAAUGAAAAUUUUGGAAGCCCUCGACUAUUAUUUGGUUGUAUUCCAUCCUUAUCGGGCACUGACUCAGUUGCUUCAGGAUGCUGGCAUGAGUGAUGCAGCACAAACGACGUGGGGACUUGUUAACGACACAUACAAAAUGGAUUUGAUUCUUAUACAUCCUCCGCACUUGAUUGCAUUAGCAUGCAUAUAUAUAGCAAGUGUCCAAAAGGAUAAAGAAAACACAGCCUGGUUUGAAGAGCUUCGGGUUGAUAUGAAUGUGGUGAGUUCUUUUAAACCAAAUCUUUCAGCUCGGAAAAUUUAUCGCAGAGUCUGA